AUGGUGAAAAAUGCCAUAAAAGUGUACGCUCGACUGAAGCCCGAAAAAAAUAGAAAGAACAUAAUGAAUUACCAAAUCCGUCAUCGUCCUAAAGAGAAGUUGGAGGAAGAUUUCUUAUUCCUCGUCGUACCGAGCCAAAAGACGAAAGAGUAUCCCGAUAACCGACCUGAAUCAUGGAAUUUCUCUUUCUUCCGAAUAUUCGAGGAAUCCACCACGCAGGAGGACGUGUUCAAGAACGUCGCCCGACCGGUAGUGGAAAGUGCUCUCGAUGGCUACAAUGGUACCAUAUUCGCCUACGGCCAGACAGCCAGCGGGAAGACGUACUCGAUAACCGGAAAGCAAGAGAGCUCCGAGACUCUCGGCAUCAUACCAAGAAGCCUGCUCUAUCUGUUCGAAGCGAUUCAAAAGCGACCGGAAAACGUGUACUCGGUCGAGGUGGCUUAUCUGGAGAUUUACAACGAGAAUGGUUACGACCUGUUGGAUCGCAGGCAGCAACGAGACAACCCGGUUACGAGAUUGGAAGAUUUACCACGCGUUGCCGUCCAGGAAGACGAGAUCGGUCGGUUACACAUGAAGAAUCUGACCUUCCAUUGCGUUGGAAGCGCGGAGGAUGCUUUCGAGCUACUUCUGGUGGGCGACAGCAAUCGGGUCACCAUCGAGACGCCGAUGAAUCCAGAGUCAUCGAGGUCCCAUUGCAUCUUUACCAUCGUGGUUUGCACGAAGAAGUUCGGUGCGGACGAGUAUAAGCGUGCGAAAGUACACCUGGUGGAUCUGGCUGGGUCCGAGCGGGUCUACAAAUGCUCGAUAAGCGGCACCAUUCUAACCGAGGCGAAGCACAUUAACCUGAGCCUACAUUACCUGGAACAAGUCAUAGUGUGUCUGGGUCAGGAGAGCACGGGUCACAUUCCAUACAGGAAUUCCCUUUUAACGUCGAUCCUAAGAGACAGUCUGGGAGGAAACUGUUUAACCACCAUGUUAGCUACCAUAAGCGUCGAGUCCUACAAUCUACAGGAGACAGUGUCCACUUGUAAAUUCGCUCAAAGGGUUGCUUUGAUCAGGAACGACGUGAAAGUGGUCCUGGAAAAGGACGUUCACAGCGAGAACGCUUUAUUGAGAUUAGAAAACGAGAAACUGAGGCAACAGCUUAAGGAAAUGACGAAGGAAACUAAAGUGGAAGAACUUACCGCCGAGGAGAAGCAGAGACUGGACGCUAAUAUUAGAAGCUUCUUAGAAUCAAAUGAACAAAUUAAAGUGGAUAAUAAUCCAAAGAAAAUUGAAUAUUGUUUCGAAAGCUUGAAGCGGAUUUUCAAAUUGAACAGUGAUCCGGAUAGUUGCAUGAAGAAGCUCGAAUAUUAUAAGGAUCUCGUUAUUCAAAGAGACAAGGAGAUUUCAUUGUUGAUCGAUUUGAUAAAGAAGGAACGGAAGAAGGGGAAAGAAGGAUCAAUCGAAGAAAAAUUGGAAGGUAAUUUGAAAGUAAUAGAAAAUUCAAGCAGUCUUUCAAAUUUUGAUAAAAUUCAAGUAAACAAGGAAUGCAAUGGACAGGGAGACCACUCACCCAAAGUAUUUACUGAAACAGAUGACAGGAUGUCGUCUAUGAUUAAUAACAUUUUAAAAAAUACUGUUCCUCCAAAAAAGCAUAAAGCAAGACCCAAAAUUAACAAAUCUUUGCAUCAAAGAAAUUUAAUGACCAAUUUGGAUCAGAAUAUCGAUACUUCCUCAAAUAAAUCAAUUUCCAACGAUGUUCCAAAGCAGAACUCGUUACCCUGUAACAUUAUCAACUUGACUCUGAAUAAUUCAACCGAGACCGACGAAACGAAUCAGCAAUCUUUCCGCAAAAAGGAACGGAAAAAGGUAAAACCCGGAGAAAUUGAGGCUUCCAAAAAGAAGGCUAUCGAAAUCAAACAGAAUGCAGAAUCAUCGAGUGUACGAAUAGAACCUGAGAAAAUUGAAGUUCCAGUUUUAGAAACAAAUAAUGUUAAACCGUAUUAUCAACGUUUCUUAAGCUUCAACGUUCCCAAAAAUUCUAAUAAUUCCAUGACUGACAAUUUAACCGAGAGAAAAUCCAUAGAUCAAACAGUUGAAACUAAAAAUCAGAAUAAAAUUAAUUCUAACGAGCAGUGUAAAGUGUCAAAAUUAAAUUCUGAAGAAAAUUCCAAUUACAAACCCUCCCUUGAUUUAAAAUUAAAUUUAGAAUCAACAGUUUCUCAGAGACAGGAGCAACUGACCGAUAGAAUAAGAAAGUGUCUUAAUGUUGAUCACCUAAUGAGCUCAAGAUCAAUCGGUGUUAAUUCACGUGACAUCGAUGUCGGUUUAAACCAACAGAGAAAUGCAGAAUCUCUGGAAAACGAGGCAAAAGAAAGUCAUAAGCAAUCAACAAGAAGUAAUGUAUGUUCCUUUGAUAAGCUAGACAGCAACAGAAGAAAAACGAGUGAAAAGAGGACUAGUAUUUCCAGUUUCACGGUUGACCAGCCGGAAAAACCUUACGUCUUUGAUGAACAGAGGAAGGAAGAAGUUAAUCAAACUUUGAAUUACGAUGGAAAUAAAGAUUUCGAGGGUUCGUUACCAUUGACAGGUGAUCCAGAGAUUGACGAAGAGAUAAUCGCCUUUUAUAAAGCGAAGAGGUCAGGUGGUACUUAUUAAAUCC